AUGGGAUUGCUGCCAAAUCCACUGCGGCCGCGCGAGCCUCAGCUCCCACUAUAUCAAAAAGUCAACUCUCCAACGAAGGAGCGAUAUUCUGACGACGACUAUUCAACCGAAGAUGAAGAUGACUACGAAGAUGAGCCAUAUUCCCCCGAGAGCUCUUCAGCUGGCUCUUCAAGACAUACGUCUGGGUCUGCGAGCAGUGGGCUUUUGAUGUUGCCCAGUCACCAGAAGAAACCUCUCCCUCUUAGACGAAGGAUUGCCAAAGUGUACCCCUACCGUAUGCCCAACAAGGUCACUCGCUACUUAUUUUGCACUGUAAUCACAUUCAUUAUCGUUAUGGUUUUGAGUCUUGUACGAGCCAGCCAAGUUGAGAACUGGAAAGUUGCCAACGGUAAGGUUGAUAACCGCCCACCGCCGCCACCACCUGCUUGGGAGAAGUUCCCCUUCUUGGAAAGAUACUAUGGUGGUCUCAAGAGCCUGGUCAAUGUUGAAGAGCUGAAGCCGGAAUGGCCUCAUGUAAAGGAUGAACCUGAGAUGCUAAGUGAAGGCAACGCCUGGAGCAAGCAAAACGAAAUUAAGAGCGACAAGGAUACCGACGAGACCGACAGGGCUGCUACCGAAGAAAUUGAAGCCCAGGCUCAAGGCGCGAAUCCUACCAAGAAGGAAGCAAGGGACGAAGUUGAGACCGAGACAAAAGGUGGUGUAGUGGAAGGAAAGAAGGACAAGCACCAGGAUGAUUCCAAGGCCAACAAGAAGAAGCUCCCUAAAAGCAACGACUGGAGCGAUUAUGCGAACCGAAACGAGGAGACUGGAAGCAAAGAAUGUUUCCUGGAUGCUGACGGCACAAUACGGGUUCCCCAGCUCCGAUACUAUAAUGGUCGCCCCCAAGGAUUCCCUGAGCAUGCCAUCGGGUCCUACGAAACCCUGAACCUGCCCGAGAGCAUAUGUUUCGACCGUUAUGGCCGCUAUGGCCCCUACGGGUUUGGUUAUUCCUCAAGAAAUGGCGGUCUCAGCGUGGGUGAACAUGGACAAAAGGAAGGGUCGGAUGCUGUCUGGGAGAAGACUCCUCGCGUGGACUAUCGACAGAUUGACUGGGCUGAUGUCCAGCGCCGUUGCUUCAAGGCUAACCAGGCUCGUUUCAAGGAACUCCCCUCCAAAAUCCAGGCUCCUCAUGGUUUCUUUGCGCACGAACCUAAGCCUAAGCCACUUCCAACUUCAACUUUGGAGCGCCGCGGUGUUGAGGAGGAUAAGCCCAAGACUGACAAAGAAACCACUGCCCCCCAAGUUGAGACAUCAAAACCAAAAACUACUCAACAAUCCAAGUCCAAGGCAUCACAGGCCGCAUACUCAAAGGUUGAGCCUACAGAGGCGACCGUGUCUCAAACACGUGAGUCAAAGUCUCAGGGAUCAGGAGCAGAAAAGUCGCAGUCUGCAAAGCCCCAUGAGACCGAGCCUAAGGAUAGCGGGGAUGACGAGAAAAGCCAGGAAGAAAAGCCAGGGAAUCCCAAUAAUGAGUUGCCCAAGGCUGCCGAGAGCAGGAUAUCACGAACUGCUGUUGUUGUGCGGUGCUGGGACGAGUACAACUGGCGCGAAGAUGAUAUUGCCAACCUCCGAUCUCUCAUUACUGAGCUCGCUGUGACAUCUGGUGGCCGCUAUGAUAUCCAUCUCCUAGUUCAGGUCAAGAAUGAAGCUGCUCAUCCGGUGUGGGCGGACGAAAGAAUCUACCAAGAGCGCAUUGAGGAGGCCAUCCCUGAAGAGUUCAGAGGCUUGGUUACGCUGUGGUCCGAGACACAGAUGCUCGCUCUUUACCAAGGUAUCUACGACCACUUCACUCGUGGUCCUGAUCUCCCAGUUCACGGCGUGUACCGCGGUCUGUCCAUGGCCAUGCAGUACUUUGCCCAUAAGCAUCCUGAAUACGACUACUUCUGGCAAUGGGAAAUGGAUGUGCGCUACACAGGUCACUAUUACGAUCUCUUUACUAAACUUGAGAGCUGGUCCAAAUCGCAACCUCGCAAGGGCCUCUGGGAGCGCAACUCUCGCUUCUAUUUCCCCAGUAUUCACGGCAGCUGGGAAGACUUCUCACAAAUGGCUCGGGUCCAGAGUCAGAUGGGUGUCGUAGGCGCCGACAAUGUCUGGAAGGGAGUUCCUGGUCUUGAGGGCAAGUCCCCUGACUCUGACACCAAAGGCCACCGCACUGUAUGGGGACCCCUUCGUCCUAAGGAUGAUGAUGACUGGUUUGAGCCUGGCAACGAUCCUGUUGCUCCUACCUCUUACGAGAAGGAUCACUACAAAUGGGGCGUUGGAGAAGAGGCCGAUUACAUCGCGCUUAGCCCGAUCUUUAACCCUGAUGGUACGACUUGGGGUCUCAAGGGGGACAUCACAGGCUACAACCGAUCCGAGGGACUCCCUCCCCGCCGGGCCAACAUCAUCACCACUUCGCGUAUGUCGCGGCGACUGCUGACAACUAUGCACAAAAUGACGGCUUUCAAGAAACAAUUCGCUUUCCCUGAGAUGUGGCCUGCCACCGUCGCUCUGCAGCAUGGCUACAAGGCCGUCGCGGUUCCCCAUCCUGUAUAUGUUGAUCGCAACUGGCCCACAGCGUACAUGGCACAGGUUUACAAUAACGGCCGUGAUGGCGCAAGUGGAGGCUCUCGAACCAGCAUUUUUGGUGAUCGCGAACACAACAUGCACGGCCUUUCGUGGUUCUACAAUUCGGGCUUUGCACCAAAUAUGUAUCGCCGCUGGCUAGGUCUUCGAGUGAACAAUGACGGCGGCGAGGAGUUUGAAGGUACAGAGGAUAAGAGCAAAAAAGGUAAGGGAGUCGGCAACAUGCGUGGUGGCGAGGGCAGAAUGUGUCUGCCUCCUAUGCUGCUUCACCCCGUCAAGGAUGUCGAGCUGCCUGUUGAAGCCCCUGAGGCUGACGUUGAGGCGGGUAAAGCCCCCGAGUCUGAUCCCGGAGCCUGA